AUGUCUAUUACAAGAGGCAAUUUUCUAUUUAUUGGUUCAAUGUUCAUGUCCUAUGCAGCUCGCGAAGUGUAUUCUACGUAUACGACGAAACUGAAGAAAAAAUGGAAAUCAAUAAUGUUUGCUCUAUGCUCCAUCAUUUUAUCUUACAACUUUUUGGACCCCUUAGUGACAGAGCUUCAGAUAUUUUGUGACUCCUGCAGUGGUCAAAAUAAGAAUUUUACGAUGUUCCGAUUUUUACAUCAUUUGGUAAAUAUCGAAAGAAGAUUACAGAAAAUAAAAGUCACUUUCCCAAUAAGAGGACAUUCAUACCUCGAAUGUGACAAAAAAUAG